GUACCGAGCCAUUGGCUUGCAAAUCAAAAUACUUGUGACUCCUAACCUACUAUUGUGUCGUAUUUUACAAGAUUAGCAUGAAAACAUUAAAUUUCAUUAUAUUUAGUUCGUGCGUUAUGUAAAGUUUUGUAACUGACAAGACUAUUAAUGUUACAAACUAAUAAAUUAUGGUGUACACUUAAUUUAAUAAGAAUCUCGAAAACAAAAUAUUUGGUUACUGUAUACUAGAAAAAUUUUAGAACACCGCGAUAUGCAUCACAGAGAUGAGUGGCGUGUUAACUAGGUGCAGAGUUAGCUCGGAGCAACUGCAUCUCCUUCUAUCGUUUAUGGAAGAACACCGCGAUUUCGCAGCCGGAAAACAAUCCAUAUACUCCAGAUUCAGUGCAUGUAAAUUGUGGCGGCUAUUAGCUGAAAGGCUUAACGCGGCUGCUGAAGAGUCAGGUGGCGCUCGAAAAUCACCUGACAAGUGGUGUCGGUUUUGGGCAGAUAUAAAAUAUAAAGCACGUAAGAAGUCAGCUGCUGGAGGAGCUCUUGGUGAUUUAUCCAGUGUUGAAGAACGCUUACAGAAUCUUCUUGGUACUAAAUCAAGUGAUACUGGUGCGGGCACUCGCGGCGGUAGUCACUCGGACGAGGAGCGCAAGCCGGCACUGGACGAGGACAUGUACUCGGAGGGGUCUGGUGCAGGCGCAGCGGACGCUCCGCGACUCGCCACCGAAGAGCUGCUAGCCGAGGCAGCCAUGCGCAGCGCACUUGCAGCGGAGAAACAGGCCGAGGCCGUAGCCCAGGCCGUGGAACUGUUGCGCGACCUCGUCGUGCUCCUGCGCGAACGCACCGCGCCCGUCGCGCCGUCCCACGCGCCACACGCGCCGCCCGCUCCCGACCACGCACUCGCCAUGCAGCACCACCACCAUCGACUCUGAUCUAUGUAGUUACACGCGAUCGGUAUAAAUAUAGCCGUUUAACGAAUA